UCUGUGCCUGAAGGGGACCCGCCGCCAUCUCAGGUCUCUUGGCCUCGCCAAGGCCCACCAGAGAGAGCUGACGCCCGGUUCCUAUAAUCCUUAUGGGGGACCAACCUUGUACCUCUGGGAGAUCCACGCUCCCACCUGGAAACACACGAGAAGUCAAGCCUCCCAAAAAGCGCUGCCUCUUAGCUCCGCGGUGGGAUUAUCCUGAAGGAACCCCCAACAGAGGCAGUAACCCUCUCCCCUCAGCACCUCCUCCUGCAUCACCCAGUCUGAAAUCGCAUCUUCCUCCUCCGGAGAAGUAGUAGAAUAUACUUCUUCCAACCCAAAUCAGUUUUUGAAAGAUAGCAGUAUGACUCCAUUUCCUUGGUGCAUUCAUAAAAUAGUUCAUCCAGAGAAGACAAUGAAAACUGUUGACAAUACCACCCUGCUGCUUCUGAUGCCAGGCACUUGGAAGUUGUGAUUUUUAAGGUUUGUCCUGAAGACAGCAGAAGGUUGGAUUGUUUCCUGAUCCAGCCAGAUAAUCUGUGUCUUUUAAUUGAGAUGAAGCUACAUCAGCAAGCUGGAGCAUGACCGUGAGAACCUUGUGUGCAAUGCUAGGUAAGUUCGAGAUAAAUGUGUAAGAAAUGAGAACUCACUGAAAGUUUUUGAGAGUGCUGUGAUCACAUAUAUAUUUCAUAUAAUCAUACUAGUGGCCAUGUGCAGGAUGGUGUAGAGAUUAGGGAGAGAAGACUAUUUAAGAUACUUUUGUGAUAAUCCUGACAAUACAUGAUGAAACCUGAGUUCAGUAAUCCAUAGUUAGAAUGAAUCACAGAUGAAUGAAUUAGAGACAGGUUAGUGAAAUAUUACUAGCUGGGAUAUCUGUCAGGGUUCAACAAGAUAAACAGAAAAUAAGAGGUAAAUAUUAGUGCAUAUACUGCAAUUAGAAUUGUCUUAUGCAAGUUUGGGGACUGGCUAGACAAGUCUAAAAUCCAGAGAAUAGGCAAUGCAAGCUGGAGCUCUCUGGUACCAGUUGGAACUGGUAUUUACAGGUGAAAUUUCUUUUUGUUUAUGGUAUUUAUUCAUUCAUUUAUUUUUUUUUUAUUUUUACAUCAUUGUUCAUUUUUGAACAGUAUUUGCUUCCCCCCACCCCCUCAGGUGUAGUCCCCAUAGAGUUUCCCUCACCAAUGCACCCGUGCACCAUCACCACAGUCCCCUGUGCUCUUCCCUCCCUCCCUCUGAUACCUCUCCCUCCUCCUCCCCUGCAG